AUGACUGCCAUCGUCGUCAGUCUGGAUGGCUCCCGGAGCGUCCAGGAUACUGUUGAUGCAAAACUCAGAACUGCCGACGAGGCGAACGCACUUGGCGAAGAACUAGCCGCAAGAAUAGUCGUGGGAGGGGCAGAGGAGGGUUUGAACGACAUUAACGCUAACCGGCCUGCUAAGGACUGA